UGGUGGGUCGUGUGUGUCGUGUGUGGCGGUGCCCAAAACCCGAAAGCCUAACGAGGCAGGGUGAGCAACGCUCCAGGUCCAAUGGCCGCCACUGCUGCAAGAACCGUCCUCUGCUCCUCCCAAUCCCAUCUCAAACUCUUGCCCUUUCCCUUUUCUCUCUCUCUUUCUACUAAGUUUCCACCUUCCCUAAACCCAAAUAUCGUCAAGAAAAAUCCUAUCUUCUUUUCCUCUCUCCCUCCCGUUAGGUGCCUGCAGUACGCUACCCAGCAAGCUUCCACCACACAAACCCAGGAAGCAAUUCGCCGCCCCAACGUAGUCGACAUCCUUGAGGAAAGGGGCUUGCUUGAAUCCCUCACCAGCGACAAUCUCAGGUCCGCUUCUUCUACUUCUAACUCCACGCUCAAAGUUUACUGCGGUUUUGAUCCCACUGCCGAGAGCUUGCACUUGGGUAACCUUCUUGGCAUCAUCGUGCUCUCUUGGUUCCAAAGGUGCGGCCACAAAGCCGUUGCGUUGAUUGGUGGAGCCACCGCCAGGAUCGGUGACCCAUCUGGUAAGAGCCUGGAAAGGCCAGAGCUUGAUGCCAAUACUUUGGAGAAGAAUACCUUUGGGAUUUCUAAUACCCUAACUAGAAUGUUCAAUAUGAAUAUGAAUUUGAACAACCCAAUUGUGGUUAUGAAUAAUUAUGACUGGUGGGAAGAGGUUAGGCUACUGGAUUUCUUGAAACAAGUUGGAAGAUAUGCUCGGGUGGGUACCAUGAUUGCCAAGGAGAGUGUGAAGAAGAGGCUUGAAUCUGAACAAGGAAUGAGUUAUACUGAGUUCACUUACCAGCUCUUGCAGGGCUAUGACUUCCUUUACCUUUUCAGAAAUGAGGGUGUUAAUGUUCAGAUUGGAGGAAGUGACCAGUGGGGCAAUAUAACUGCUGGGACUGAACUUAUCCGAAAAAUUCUGCAGCCAGGCGAUGGAGCUGAGGCAUAUGGUUUGACAUUUCCUCUUUUAUUGAAGAGUGAUGGCACCAAAUUUGGCAAGUCAGAGGAUGGUGCCAUUUGGCUUUCGCCAUCCUUUUUAUCUCCAUACAAGUUCUAUCAAUACUUCUUCUCUGUACCUGAUGCCGAUGUUAUUAGGUUCCUCAAGAUACUUACUUUCUUGGACUUGGAUGAGAUUGAUGAGUUGGAGAGGGGAAUGAAGAGACCCGGCUAUGUGCCCAACACAGCUCAGCGUAGGCUUGCUGAAGAAGUGACCCGAUUUGUUCAUGGUGAAGAUGGAAUUAGUGAAGCUAUUAAGGCCACUGAGGCUUUGAGACCUGGAGCUGAGACUAAGUUGGACUGGAAAACCAUUGAGGGCAUUGCUGAGGAUGUCCCAUCCUGCUCUUUGCCCUAUGAUGAGGUCCUUAAUCUCUCUCUUGUUGAUCUGUCGGUUUCUUCUGGCCUGCUUGAGAGUAAAUCAGCUGCCCGCCGUCUGUUGAAGCAAGGGGGUCUUUACUUGAACAACAGCAGAGUGGAUGGUGAAAGUAAGAGAAUUGAGCCUCAAGAUAUUGUGGAUGGAAAAGUUCUCCUUUUAUCUGCAGGCAAGAAGAACAAGGUCAUUGUGCGAAUAUCUUGAUUGAUUUUGUUGCUUUUGUUGCUAAUUUUCUGCAAAUUAUUUGUCUAUUUUGUGAAUGUCUUUACUGCAUUGUGAUUUCAUCAUACAGAAGUGACUUUAAGAGGAUAUUCCUAAGCUUGGUUGCAAAGUUUUGCACUAAUGUACCACUUCCAUGAGAAAAUAUUGAACAAUGGUUUUUCAGCUGUUGAAAUGUUAACUAAACAAACAUUACUCUGCUUCAUAGUCCUUAUUAUCCUCUUCUUUUUCUUCUUCUUUGUAACAAUAGAAAGCUCCUUCGUGUUUCUUGGAUGGUUGGUUUUGUGUAUACCAGGUAGAUUAAGAUUGGAUAUUGGAAAGACAACUGUAGUUUAUGGGGUGCUUGGGUAUGUAGAUUAGAUUAAUAGACAUUAAAAAGCCAAGUAUUUGUAACUUACAUGAUUUGGAUGAUUACAAAGACGUGAAUGAUGUUUGUACAUAUACAUUUUACUGUGUAGUUGCCAGACUUUUCCUUUUUA